UUCUGAAACACUUGUCUCUAUUUACAUGCUAUUUACAGUCAGCUUCUCUUGUUGGCGAUUUCAACAAUUGGAAUCCCAAUGCUGAUAUCAUGACACGGAAUGAGUUUGGUGUUUGGGAAAUUUUCUUGCCAAAUAAUGCUGACGGCUCACCACCAAUCCCUCAUGGAUCACGUGUGAAGAUCCAUAUGGAAACUCCAUCUGGCAUCAAAGAUUCAAUUCCUGCUUGGAUUAAGUUCUCUGUGCAAGCCCCUGGGGAAAUCCCGUAUAAUGGCAUAUAUUAUGAUCCACUUCCUGAGGAAAAAUUUGAAUUCAAGCAUCCCCAGCCAAAAGCACCUAAAUCAUUGAGGAUAUAUGAAGCACAUGUUGGGAUGAGUAGUCCGGAACCUAAGAUAAACACAUAUGCUAACUUCAGAGAUGAAGUGCUCCCACGAAUCAAAAGGCUGGGAUACAAUGCUGAUCAACUUAUGGCUAUUCAAGAGCACUCAUACUAUGUGAGCUUUGGGUAUCAUGUAACGAAUUUUUUUGCAGUAAGCAGUCAUUGUGGCACCUCUGAUGAUCUCAAAUCACUUAUUGAUAAGGCUCAUGAACUGGGGUUGCUUGUUCUUUGAUAAAGUGUGAUCAUAUACAGCCAUGCUUCGAACAACGCACUGGAUGGCUUGAACAUGUUUGAUGGUACAGACACACACUAUUUCCACAGUGGUCCACGAGGUUAUCAUCGGAUGUGGGGCUCUCGCCUCUUUAACUAUGGAAAUUGGGAGGUAUUGAGGUUUCUGCUUUCUAACGUGAGAUGGUGGCUGGAGGAAUACAAAUUUGAUGGUUUUAGAUUUGAUGGUGUCACCUCGAUGAUGUAUACUCACCAUGGUUUGCAGGUGGCAUUUACGGGAAAUUAUAAUGAGUACUUUGGAUUUGCAACUGAUGUAGAUGCUGUGGUUUAUUUGAUGCUUGCUAAUGACCUUAUACAUGGUCUCUAUCCUGAAGCAGUUACUGUUGGUGAAGAUGUUAGUGCUAUGCCAACAUUUUGCAUUUCUGUGAAGGAUGGAGGGGUUGGGUUCGACUAUCGCCUUCACGUGGCUUUGGCUAUUGCAGAUAAAUGGAUUGAGCUCCUCUCAAAGAAAAAGGAUGAUGAGUGGUUAAUCGGUGACAUUGUUCACACACUUUCAAAUCGAAGAUGGCUGGAGAAAUGUGUUGCAUAUGCAAAGAGUCUCGAUCAAGCACUUGGUGGUGACAAGACUCUUAAGUGUUUUUAUGAAGCCAUUGUUGAGGAAACAUCCCAGUUUGGGACUUUUAUAUGA